AUGUCGGUCCAUUCGCCUAAUCCUGCUUUGAUUUUGCAAAAUAAGCGGUGGAACGGUCUGCGCAACGUUCUGGAGCGAGAAGGACCCUUCUGCAAAGAUGACUUCUCCGCCUCGUCCGACAAUCUGGAGUUUCUCCAGACCAAUUGCAAGUUGUUGGUGAUCGGAGCCGGCGGUCUUGGCUGUGAACUGCUCAAGGAUCUGGCUUUGAUGGGUUUCGGCAACCUGCACGUCAUCGACAUGGACACCAUUGAACUGUCCAAUCUUAACCGUCAGUUCCUCUUCCGUCGCACCGACAUCGGCUCCUCAAAGGCCGAAUGUGCUGCCCGGUUUAUCAAUGGAAGGGUGCCGACUUGCCGGGUGACGCCUCAUUUCAAGAAGAUCCAGGAUUUUGACGAGACCUUCUACCAGCAAUUCAACCUAAUCGUGUGCGGCCUGGAUUCGAUUGUGGCCCGUCGAUGGAUCAACGGAAUGCUGCUCUCCAUGCUGCGCUACGAGGAUGACGGCUCGAUAGACACGACCUCCAUUAUUCCAAUGAUUGACGGCGGCACUGAGGGAUUCAAGGGCAACGCCCGUGUGAUCUUGCCUGGGUAUACGGCCUGCAUCGAAUGCACAUUGGAUUUGUUCCCACCCCAGGUUAACUAUCCACUGUGCACUAUAGCCAAUACGCCCCGUUUGCCGGAGCACUGCAUCGAGUAUGUGAAGAUCAUACAGUGGGACAAGGAGAGCCCCUUCGGAGUGCCGCUGGACGGUGAUGAUCCCCAGCACAUUGGAUGGGUCUACGAACGGGCCUUGGAGAGGGCCAACGAGUUCAACAUCACCGGAGUCACCUAUCGCCUCGUCCAGGGCGUCGUGAAGCACAUCAUUCCUGCCGUGGCAAGCACAAAUGCAGUCAUAGCAGCUGCGUGUGCUCUGGAGGUGUUUAAGCUGGCCACCAGCUGCUACGACUACAUGUCCAACUACCUCAACUUUAACGAUCUGGAUGGUAUUUACACUUACACCUACGAGGCGGAGAAGUCGGAGGGGUGCUUGGCCUGCAGCAACGUGCCGCAGACAGUGACCGUCGACGAUCCCAACACCACAACGCUGGAGGAUGUGAUAAAACAGCUGUGCGACUCGCCUCGCUUCCAGCUAAAGAACCCAUCGCUCACCACUGUGAUGAAAGAUGGCAAACAGAAAACCCUAUACAUGUCCACUGUAAAGAGCAUCGAGGUUGCCACACGGAAGAACCUCACCCAAUCGCUUGGCGAACUGGGGCUACAAGAUGGCCAACAACUAACAGUCACCGAUGUCACCUCGCCUUCGGCCAUGAUCGUACAGCUCAAGUUCCAAGGCAAUGAAAUCGAAAUGGUUUAAGUUAUAUUUGAUCACAUUGGAAAACAAUUUGUAAAUAACAAAUAAAGAUACAGGCUCAGCCUGCACCUACUUGCUCAUGUCCAAAAUAAA